UCGCAGGCCACUAUGACGGACCUUCGUCAUUGUUCGCGUGAGUUUUUGACGGAAUUUAUUGCGUUGUACGAGAGUUUGCCAUGCCUUUGGCGAAUUAAGAGCAAGGAAUAUAGCGACCGUGAUAAAAAGGCAAAGGCGUACGAUGUCCUAAAAGAAAAGUUUAAGCAAAUCGACCCGGGCUGUACCAGACUAACGUUGGUAAAAAAGAUCAAUAAUAUACGCUCUGUGUACCGUAAAGAGUUAGCGAAAGUGGCAAAGUCAUCCCAAUCCGGGUGUGGCGCAGAACAAGUGUACAAACCUAGUUUGUGGUACUUUGAUUUGCUACAUUUCCUUCGUGAUCAAGACAACGCAGAAGGCUCCAAAUGCGCGACUGACGAUCUCGAAGAGUUUCCAGCUGGCCCACUGAUAAAACAAGAAUGGCAAGAAAGUGAACACGCAGGUGCACCUGCCACACCUUUUUCCGACGUAUCGAUACCCCGGUCAAGUAUUUCCAGCAAUACUGCAGGAUCUACCCCUCGUAAGAGAAAGAGAGCGUCAAGCGACGAUAUAACUACCGAAGUUAUGAUGUUGGUGGGAAAGAAACUCGAAUCAUUGCAGAAUGAGGAUGUUUUUGAGUCAUUUGGAAAGUAUGUGGCUAGUAAACUAAGAGGCGUCAGUAGUGAGCAAAGUGCAAUCGCUCAGAAAUUAAUUUGUGACGUUCUAUUUGAAGCUGAAUUUGACACACUAAACAGAAACUUUAAAGUCGCGGAUAUGACAGUGGUCAUGGAUGCAUGGAAGACAUUGACAUGAUAUGGAUACCGUUUGAAUGAUAGUAAUGAAUAUGAAAUAACCCAUGUAUGAACGACA